AUGCCGCUCGACGACUACGCCUCCGCAGUAGGCGGCGGCCUCAAGCUCAAGGGCGCCAAAGUGACCAAACCGAAAAAGAAGAAGAGACGCGACAAGACCGACCUCGAAAAGAACCUCGAGACGGGCGACCAAGGCGGCAGCAGCACUGCGCUGGUGAAGCACCGUGAAGAAUCCGCCGGCGACUUGAAAUCCAAGUCGAAAAAGAAGAGCGAGGACCCUGACGAGGACCGGGACAACGACGAUGACGACGAGGGCAGCGGCCGGGUCGUGCAAAAGACGGAGGCGGAGAGGCGGUAUGAGGAGAGGAAGCGCAAGAGGCUCCUCGAACUCGCAGAAUCGUCAAGCUCCCGCCCCGAGCUCCUCAAGACGCACAAGGAACGUGUCGAGGAGCUGAAUACGUACUUGUCCAAGCUGAGUGAGCAUCACGAUAUGCCCAAGAUUGGGCCUGGUUAA